GGACAACCUGGUUACCCACCAAACCCAGCAUAUCCUCCUGGCACCAAUCCUGCAUACCCUCCUGGUACAGUGCCUCCUGUCUACCCACCAGGUCAGCCUGUCUACCCACCAGGUCAGCCUGUCUACCCCCCUGGGCAGCCUGUCUAUCCUCCAGGACAUGUACCACAUCCUGGCCAUCAGCCUGGCUAUCCUCCACAUGUUGGACCUUGCCCACCGGGAAUGCCAGGGUACCCAGUAAACCCCAUGAUGCCUGGAUACCCCAUGGAUAAGAAAAUGAGGAAAAAAAUGAAGAAGGCAAACAAGCAUGCACAUAAGCAUGCAUAUGGAAGGAGAUCCUCAUCCUCUUCCUCCAGCAGUGACUAG